AUGUCUUCCUCACAUCCAACAAAAUCUAGGAAACCAAGGUCACAUAGUUCGGGACCUAGCAAGAAGACCGGAGGCUCGAAGAGCCACAGAAAGCGAUCUUUAUCUAAGGCUACCAAAACAGAGGCCGACCUCCUCAGCACAGCUGCCCUGGAGAACGUCUACUACAUUGCUCAUAAUGCAGCAGACUGUCUGAAAUUCCGAGGCUUUGGUUGGCCGAAAGCAAGCAAGAAGAAGAAGAAAAAAAAGGGAGGCAAGCGUAAAAAGAAAAAAUAGACAAAAAACUCUUCUGACAGUGCCCUUAGAACAAACUGGAGUUAAAACAUUACUAAAUACAAGAGACAAAGAUUUACAAGUUCUUCCAUAACUUUAUUAUAAGCUUGAGAAUAAGGAGAAUAUUCAUGCAAAAUUGUGCAACACAACACAAGAGCAAAUGCCUGGUUAAGUUUUCAUUUUAAAAUAACCCCAAAAAAAGAUGAAGGAAAAAGAACGAUGGAAGUGCAAAGACCAUAGUGCACCAUAAACAAGGUGAGUCGACAUUGCCUUGUCAAAUACUAGUUACAAGGUGAUCCCUUUGGUGACAUGUAACAGAUUUAAAAUCUGUGAACAAUAUUAACUGUAUUGUACAAAAAUAGUCUAAAAUAUAUAUUUUUUGGCUUAUUUAGUGAAAGAAAA